AGGUGCAUGUGUAAAUAUGGCGGCCAUAGAGUCACUAGACUCUGCAAAAACAGAGAAUUCGUCUUCAGACAAACUAGAAUCAAUGGACACACUGCGGUCUUCAGACAUGCUAGCAUGUGUGAACCCGGAGACUUUUGGGCAGAAAGAUGAGAGCACGGCAGAAGACAGAACAGAUGGUCUGGGGUUAGUACAGAAAUGCAGUGCCUUUGCUGCCACAUCCGUGGUUGCUACUGCCGACAGCCCAGCCUUCACGGUCCAUUCCGAGGAUAGCGUCCAGCCCAGAGCAGAGGCAGACAGCACAACAGGGAAUUCACCCGAAAACCACAAACCAGUGGCUGAAAAAGAAGCGUGCGAGCUAAAUUCACUAAUCUGGUCUGAAAGCGAGGACUGCACUGAGGAGGUGCUUGCACCUGAGGAAAAGCGAAGUCCUGAACAAGAUCUCAGCCCUACAAUGGAGAGUGCUGGAGAAGGUAACUGUUCAACCAAAAUGACCAAUGCAGCGAAUGAAACACAGAUUAAUCAACCGGAAAACUCCCAAGAGAAGACAAGCACAGAGGAAGAAAUGUCAGUGGACCAGAAAGGAAAGACUGAUGGCAAAGAGGAGGAGGCAGACAAAGAGGAAGAAGUGGAGCCGCCCACAAAACAAAUGAAAAGACGUAUGGUGUGUAAGGAGUGUGGCAAAAUAUUCAACCGACGAGAGACCUUCAACUUGCAUCGCCACUUUCAUUUACAUGAAGAUGAGCUCAAGCCCCUCACCUGUAAGGAGUGUGGCAUUACUUUUCAGCAACGCAGUAGCUUCAUUAAACAUAGAAAUGAGCAUAAAGAAAAACAGGUAAAUCUUUUAACUGUAAAAAAGAGGGGGUGCAAGAAGGAGCAGAAGAACUUUCAAUGUGCCGAGUGUUCCACAGUGUUCCUUACAGUGGAAAAAUUGAGGUCCCAUAAGUGCAGUUAUUCAGAUGAUAUACUUUUUCACUGCCCAAUUUGUCGUCAAGAAUUUAAACAUAGGCCAUCUAUGCAUAGACAUAUACUGUCUCACUCCCAUGAAAAAUUUCAGUGUUCUGAGUGUGAUCAAACUUUCCCUAACCCGACGGCGUUGGGUGCCCACCAAUUUGGAGCUGGCCAUGGAGUUCUCAAACCAUAUGAAUGUCCUGAUUGUGGUAUGGUUUUCAAGCACUACUCUGUCAUGGAGGAGCAUCGUCUUAAACACGCAGAGAGCUCAUGUUUAUAUCAGUGCAAGGUCUGUGGUAAGUCCUUUAAGUACAGCAGCCUUUUACACCAGCACCAAUAUCUCCACACGGGACGAAAACCUUUUUGCUGCUCUGAAUGUGGGAGAACAUUUGCUUUUGCCCAGAAUUUGAAAGCUCACUGCCGGCAACAUUCACUUGGUAUUAUUCCUACUACAACCGAGAAGCCAAAAAUUGAUUUUCUUACUUCAGAAUAUGCACCAGUGAAAAGAUCAGAAAAAGAAAAUGUAUUACAAAAUAAGGAUGCGCCAUGCACCUAUAAAUGCCCUCUUUGCCCCAAAAAUUACUCAACGCCUGCAAAUUUAAGGACCCACAUGCACACUCAUGAAGCUGAAUAUGAAAUGAUGGACAGAACAUCCAGGUCACCGAAGGAACCAUUGAAAUGGAACAAAGCACACAACUGCCCUCACUGUCACAACAUCUAUAGUGAUGAGUUAAGUUUAAAAGUGCAUAUAUCUAGUGUUCACAAAUCUGAUUCACUUAAUAAUAUGCCAGUCCUACCCUCAAAAACUGUUUCAUCUCAAAGCAAUGAUAAUAUACUAGAAAAUGUUGAUGAAGUCAGGUCAUUUACAUGUCCUGAGUGUGGUAAAUCUUUUCACCAUCGCUCAGUGUUGGAAUUGCAUAUGCGUAUACACCCCAAGGACAAACCAUACCAAUGCAAAGUGUGUGGUAAAGGCUUUAGAUUCAGUAGCUACUUACAGCAACAUCUGAUAAUGCAUACAAGCAAAAGACCACACAAAUGCCCAGAUUGUGGUAGAGCUUUUGCAUUUUUGCAGAACAUGAAAACCCAUCAAAAGCUACACCAAAAAACAUUUCGUUGCAACACUUGUCUCAAAGGAUUCAGUGAUGAAACUCAACUGAAACAGCAUAUGCUUUCUCAUAAGGGCAACAAACCUCACAGGUGUAAUAUCUGUGAAAAAACCUUUGGAUUAGCCUAUCAGCUCCUUGACCACAUGAACACUCACACAGGUUUCAGACCCCAUCGCUGUGAGGUGUGUAACAGAUCUUUUACCUGGUUGAGUAGCUUAUUGUCACACAGGAAAUCUCACAAACGCCAAAAUAACUCAUUGCAGAUGAAGGAUAGGAUGAGAGAAGGAGGUACCAGUAGUGGGGACACCCGGGGCAUGUCUAAAUCAUUUGCAGGAUCAGUGAUGACUGACUCAUCUAUUUUGUCUAAUAUUUCAGUAGAAGAUGCUGACCAGCUACCUCUCAUGAGUACAGCUGGUGUCGAUCAAAAACCCCGGCAGCUGAAUGAGCCAGUGAUACCGGAGGUACCACCUGAAGUUAUGCCUGCCCCAUCUGUACAGCAGACCUAUGUAGCUUCACAUGCAGUGUCUGUUGAGAAUCCCUCACAGCCAUGCUCCGUUUCCGGGCAAACUAUAGAGCAACCACACAUAAUAGAAAAUUCACCCAAGUAUGUUAGCACUGGCCCUUCAGUUGUGUCAAAAAAAUCAAGUCCUUCAUCAGCAACUGAAAUUGAGCAGCACAGGCACCUAAAAGCUGUUGUACAGAGUAGUCCUUCCACAGUAGUUCCCACAAACUCUUUACAUUCUGAAUUCACUCAGUCUGGCUCUUACAUGGAUGGAGCAGCACUGUGGAGUGUUAGACCUGCUUCACCAAAUCCAAGCUCUCCAAAAAAAACUGGGUCAAGAGGUCCAGCUACAAACAUGGCAGGCUCCUCCAAUGCCCUCCCAAACUAAUCUGUCUCCACAGGUGCAGACCAUUGGUCAUCCAGAAAAGCAAUGCGUGUCAGGUUUUCCAAAUGCAUCUUCUUUAGCACAAAUUCCCCCUCAUGGACUCGGAGCUCAAUGGGAUAUUCAGACGACAUCUGGCGUGCAAAAAACGUUAAAAUCUCCUGACCACUUAGUGAGUAAGCCAGAUUUUCAAUUGCAGCAAAAGCAGGGGUCUCCGGGCUUGAGUGGGGCUCAAAGUCAGACUACUACAGUUCCCAUAUCGAUUCAAUAUGAACCUCAUCGGUUUGGACAGACAAUAAGCACACCAAUUUGGGGUUUUCAGAGUAACCCAGUGUCUGCUCAGACAAUGCUUAAACCAGGAAAUGUACAGGACCAGCAACAGGCAAUGGCAACAGGCACUAAAUUAAUCAUAAAUCAGGCGCCUCCCUUCUUCCCACCUCUUGCCACUCUCCCGCCUAUGAGUCUUCCAGCCUCACACCCUCUUCACUCAGUCCCUGUGGGUGCACUCUCAAGAGCUCCACACCCAAAUCUCUUUUUCUCACCACAGGUCUCUCAGGCCUUGCCCAUACCUCAACUUCCUCCUCAGCGAGAGCCUCACAAACUUGGCCCUCGUUUGUCCUUUCCACCUGAUCGUCUUAACCAAUGUAUGAUCUGUGGCUGUACUCUGCCCAGAGAGGUGGAUCUACAAAUGCACUACAUGCAGCAUGCCCAAGGAGAAAUAUAGCUUUUUAAUGCUAAUCCCAAAUUAACCCUCCCUUUCUGUUGAACCCAUUUUUUUUAAAUGAAGUUCCAGUUAGCAUUCAUGUUUGGAAUGGUACCAUGUAUCUUUUCCAUCUAUACAUCUGCCGUCUCAUGUUUAUUUUUCUCUUUUAGUAAUUUCACUUAUCAAGAAUAUUGGAUUUAAAUCAUUUUCUAAACUUUAUUCUUGUCAGUCUGUGUGCCAGUCAGGCCCAGGUCUACAGGGGUGCAAAAGAGUGCAUUGGAAACUCAGUUAAAAAUGUUUCCACCUUCAUUCUAGUUGCCUAUGUCACUUCAUGGAAGCAUAUUAUGCUUGCACCCCUUUGAAAACUCAAAUGCACUGUCAGUCAGCUUUGUCUGCACCCGGGGCUGGUGCAAGUGCCUUUAAUUAUUGACAUGUCUAUUUGUUUUCUAGGCAGAUCCCAUGUUUUGUGUCAUUCCUAAAAGCUCAGAUAUGAAAAAUUGACAAAAUUAGUAUGAUGUGAUGAGUAUUUAUACGGUAUUUAAUUUUGUUUGUUUGCUCAUUUUUGCGUAUAUACAAAUUUCAAAGCUUGGUUUAGCAAAACCUUGCCUAUUAAUGCAUAGACUGAUAUUUGUAAUGCUGUAUAUCCUGCAAAGAUAUGAUUUUAUUCAUUGAUCAUUGAUUUGUCUACCUCUUUAAAUGUUCUUGGAGUGUUGUUUCAAGUAAGUGUAGAGUUGUGUAUCCAGAUCAAACAUAAAUAAAAUAUUCAUUUGUGUUUGUCUUGUACAACCCGAGUAAGAGU